AUGAAUUUGGCAGAAGCUUUUAGUGUUGAUGUUGAACAUCUAGCAUUCAUUUUGGAUAUGGAGAAAGGUUUUGGUGAAGCAAUUAAGGUUAUCUUUCCUAAUGUUGAGCACAAAAUUUGCAUGAGACGCCUUUGGAAAAACAUAAAAAAACUUUUUCGUUAUGAUGAUAGUCAUAGAUUGCAGAAGUUGGUGUUGAGUGCUGCAAAUUAUUAUAAUCAACUUGAGUUUAAUACAAAGAUUGAAGAAAUAUAUUGUAUUAGUCUUGAACUUCAUUCCUACCUAAGCUCUUUGACAUGCAAGUGGUCAAAAACUACUUUCUCAAAGAAUAUUAAGAACCACUACAACAUAAAUAAUAUGGCCGAAUCUUUCAACUCUUGGAUAGAGGAGGCAAGGAAUAAAUCCAAUGUGGAUUUGAUCGACAUGAUAAGGGGAAUGAUGAUGGAACAACGAUCUCAGUGCAAACUACACUCUGCUUCUUGGAAGGGCCCUUUGGUUCCAUUUGUGGAGGAUUAUAUUAGAGAUGUUACAACAAGAAAAGAAUAUUUCAUUAUACGUCAGUCAACUUCAACAAAAGCUGAAGUAGAAGGAAGUUUUGAGCGUCAUGAGGUAGACAUAGAAAACCAUUUUUGUAACUGUGGUUUUUGGAAACUAUAUGGGCUACCACGUAUGCAUUCGGUAGCAUUUGUUGGAACAAACUGUCACAAUUUGUGGCACACAUACGUGGAUGAGCACUACUACAGCUAUAAGCUAGUUAUCUGA